AUGAAAUGGAAGAACCUAAUUUCCUCCAACCUGAAGGUGUAGAAGAAGAAGAUUAUGAUGAAGAAGAAGUAGAAGAAACAGAUGAAAAAGGUUAAAAAGAUAAGAAAGAGCAUACAUAUACUGAAAUAGUAAAAGAAUUAUUUACGGACAUAAACAAAAAGCCAGUAAAUAAAAUCCAAAACGCAUUAUUUAUAAAUGCCGAUGUAGCAAAAGAACAAGCAAAAAUAAUAACAGGUGAACAAGCCAUAUCUUUUUUCGCAAAAUACGGUAAUACGACUCCUAUAAAAUUCAUAAACUGUGUAAGGGAUACUUAUUAAGAGCAUUUUAGACCAUAUGAUUUAAAAGUAGACCAUACAAGUGAGAAUUAGAAAGAAUUAACAUUAGAUGAAUAUUAUACUAUAUCCGCAAACGGAAUAGUACAUGUAUUUACAAAAAAAGGAAAUAAUAAAGAGGCUCCUACUGAAGUAAUUUCUUUAAGUGAUUGGAUGCAUGAAUCCACUAUGUUUAAUAUUAUUACAAAUAUUUAAUUUUUUAAGAAUUAUGCCAUAACGAAAAUAUUUAAUAUUUGGAAAGCUAAUGUUUAAUAUAGAAUUUUUUGUAAAACCAGAAAAAAAUUAAUCCAUGAUUCUUUUAUUGCAAAACCAGCUUUUGCAUAACAUUUAAUGUCCAUUAAUUAACAUAUGCAUGAAGUUUAGAACACUAAGACUAUUUCUAAUAGUAUUUCUUAAAAUAGAACUUGGGAACAGGAGGAAUUUAAGGCUGACUAGAAAAAAGCUAGACAAGAGGCUAGUAGAAUAUAUGAAUAAGUAAUUGAAAAUAUUAUUCACUUAGUUGAAGCUGUAUGUAAAGAAGUAGAUUAAAGAACCAAAAUUAAAGAUUAGUCUGAGAUGGAGGAAGCUAGAUUUGGUUAAUAGGUGA